GGUCAAAUUUCAAAAUGGCCUCUUGUCCUCUUUCUCGAUGUGGAGUACUGUGUCUUUGCGAAGACGAAAUAAUGGAAUUCUAAAAUGCCUAUGCGUGAUAACAUUUUUCUAGGAUGAAUGAAAACCCGAAAAGCAGUAGUGAUUUAAACAGAGGUCCGUUUUCGGCGACAAAACUUGUAAGUGUCUUUCCAAGGUCGAAGAUAAUGUUUGUGCGACUCUCUCAAUCGCUUCUUAUUGCAUCCAAUUGUUUCAUUUUAUUUUGAAAAUAUUUUGAAAAAAAAUAGUUAAACGAUGGAUUUAGAUUGAUUUCUUUGAGGUCCUAACAGAUUUAAUUAUGUUGCUUUUUUUGAUCAGUGGAAUGAAGUCGUUCGACAGAUGAAACUCAAUGUUCCAGUGAAAAGAAGAAGGUGGCGGAUGAAAGUUUAUGAAGAUGUGUUUGUUGCUUCAGAAGCUUUGGAUUGGCUUCAUGGAUUUUUGAAAGAUAAUCCCAACUUUGGAGCUGAUGUGAGUCGACAACAGGCUGUGCAGCUGUGCCAAAAGUUUCUGAAAAACGGUAUUCUAACGGAUGCGCGCGGAAAGCAAUAUAAUGGAAUGUUCGAAGAUAAUAACCAUUUGUAUCGGUUUUCAGAUAGAGCGCGUUACUCCCCGUACAAGACAACUCUAUCUCCAAAAGGUGAGAAACCUUUAGAGCAGAAAGUAAGGGAUAAAGGAGCAACUUCAGAAGAUAAGGGACUGAAUUUGAUUUACAAGGAUGAAACAUCAACCAAAGAAUUAGGACAGGAAGACGGAUCAAAUUAUCCAAAAAUCAGAACACCAGUCGUAAAGAGUACAUAUAACCUGAGGUCCAUGGGUGCAGCACCAUCAAGAACACCGCUUGUUAAUAAAAUGAAUGUUUGGAGUGCAACAAGAACUGAGCCGAAAGGAAGACAAGUUAAAAGCUCCGUUAAAAGGAGAAGGAGUCAAAUACAGCACAGUGACCUAGAGGACGUUAUAAUGAACCCAGCAGCUCUUGUUGCCGAAAAUCGGCGAUCCCUAACAGAGAGAGAAAUCAGCGAGGUCUGGUGGAACAUUGCUACCACCCGGUAUGUUAGCAAGUCAUUUAACGUACAGCAUGCGAUGUUCUGGUAGUUUUUUUUUUUCCUUUGACAGGAAAGUGAAUGACGAAUGAUAUAUUAAAAAAUUUUAAAUUGAGAACGCGGUCCACUCAAUACAGUCAGUGUCAGCUUAGGAUCGGCCCUAACUUUUUCUUGUAUUUUUCGACAGGUUAAAAAGGCUUCUAGAUCUUGAUGAUUCAAUCCUUAACUCCUUGAAAAUUGGAGGAUAUGACAUCACUUGUGUGUGGCACAAUUCACAAAUUCAAAGGAUCCCAAGAGGUAAGGAUUGCUAUUUGUAACAGGAAAACAAAUAGAAAAGAAGAUUGCUGUUAAGUUUUGAAGCCAGUUCGUUUUCACCCUAAACUCCUGGUAUAACAGAACUAGACAUGUAAAGAACUGUCUUUUUUUACUCAACAGCUGGUGAAGUCUUGCCACAGUGGCUGAUAUCUGCAAUGAAGUGCCUAAUACACUGUAAGGAUGUUAAUAGCUUGAUAGUUUUUGUAUGGGCAAGAGGAAACUGAAGAAGGUGAAUGAUAACACCUGACCCACCCUCAACCUUUAUCAUUUUGUUGUUUGUCCUCUCUCCUUUUUAAUUGUCUCCAUAGAGCUAGAGCUUGAUACAGUCUUAAAUUGAAAUAAUUAUUAAAUCCAAACAUAGCCAUGUAAAUCUUUAUUAUCCUAUUUUAUGAUUGGUAUUACUAUAUUUAAUGUUAUGAUUACUAUUACUAUAUUUGUUGAUAUGAUUAUCAUGAACUUUAUUAUCGGUGUAAUUAUUUUGUUGUUAUUAGGGCCAAAUGUUGGUUACUCUGAAAAUCAAAGCUUGCCUAAGUAUGCUGGAUUUGAGCGUGAUGUGUUCAAAGCUGUUGUGGGGUUCUUUGAAGAUGAGCAGAAGUGCCCACUUGUUCCAAGACAUUUGUUAGGGGUCUUCAAGAAAACAGUUGGUAAAUGAACUUAUUUAUAAAUGCUGAUAAAUUUUAUCAAUACUGCACACUAUAUGUAAAUCACAUGGAUUCUCAUUUCCCUGAAAGAAUAGGGGUAAUUAUCACUGAAAUUAUUUUGUUUCAUAGAAAUUUAGAGAUCUGCAACAUGUUUAACUUUUAUUUGGUAUUUUUUUCCUAGACUAUCUCUUCAGUUGUAAGUUAACAGCCAUACGCUCCCUACAGUAUUGCUGUUUGAUGAUUCCAGUAAAAAACAGAGAGUUACUUCAGAUGCUUUUAAAAUUUAUCGUUCGACUCGUGGAUAACCAUGUUAUCUCCUUAAGUGAUGAGUUACCAACCAAAGAAAUGGUAAGGAAGUCUUUUGUUUGAUUGUGUAGUCUGAUCAUUCCGGCGAGAGUAGUCUUAAGAAUGAUUGUUGUCUGUAUGAGUGACUGACAUUUUGACAACCUUAGUGGAUGUCAUGAUCAGAGUUGAGUUGAUUGAGACAGUGAUACAGUGACCAUGUGAUACAUUUGUUAUUGCUUAGGGUUUAAGACACUGAUUCUCUAUGGAGAAUUUCAGCGGCAUUUUAUUGUGCUAUUGACAGCUUAUCCAGUCCUUUAGCCAUGUUGUGUUUGGUGUAACUGCAGACAUGGAUGCCAUACGGCUUGUGUAUUUUAUGAUGGAAAAGUUUCCAGAAUAUUUCAAGGUAAGUGCCAAGGAUAUAACUUACUACAACAUUUACAGUUCAGCUGAGAUUCACCUAGGACUAGGACUGUACACACAACAUUACUCUAUUAGCUAGAGUUUAAAUGACAGAAUAAGACCUUGCUAAGGCUGAAUCCUACCUUUAUGGAAAGAUAGCUUGUUUUAAUUUGUGAUUUUUCUUAUAAAAUGGAACUUAUCUGCUAUAAACUCUUGCAAGAAAUUCUUGAAAUUUUUGGUCCCAAAAAGAGAAAAACUACUUUACAUCUAUGGUGUCUCAAGUUUUUCACAUUGGUGGUUUUUAAGACAAGUUCAACUCAGAUUUACUGUUCAUUAGAAGUUUUACAAGCUCUUGUAAAAGUUUCUUUUGUUGACAGACUGUAUUAUGUUUGCUAAUAUUUUUUUUUCCAGAACCCUGAAGGGCUUGAAUUUCAAGUGGAACAGAGGCUCUUGUUUCUGAGGAACUGUCGACAAAGCAAAGUGUGUUUUUGCUUCAUGUAAAUUAAAUGGUUAUGUCAACAAGUUAUAGUUAGCCUAUAAGAAGGUCCCCUGUAGGUGCUGCAGCAUGUGUGUUUCUUCGCUCAUAAGAAAGUUUGGGUGGGCUGAUGAGAUGUCUGCACGGGUUUGGGACCUCUCCUCAGCUCACUUUAGCCAAGAACUCAAACUUUCUUGCAGGCAAGGAAACACUGGUGCCACAGUGAACUGCUACAGUGAGAUGAGAUGAGAGCCAGCUCACAGGUGGAGUUAUGAUCAACAAUUAUUCUUCUAACAUGAUUGGGGGAAUUUUUGAUUAUUUCUGUUCACAUAUUUUCAGUCAACUGUGCCAUCUACAGUAACAUUUUGUCAAAGGGUCACCCCUGAAGAGUACAAAGAACAGACCUUGAUCACAUCUCAACGUUCGCUUAAGGAUCUACUCAACAAAAUUGUAGAAGAUGAGAGUAUAAGUACAAAAGAAAGAAAGAAGCAACUUAAACUGGUAUGUUUUUUUAUACAAUAGUUAUUAAUUUUGUUCCCUGGCCCUAAAGAAGACUGUGGAAAAAAUUUUCAUACCCAAAACAAUCAGCAAACCAUGAAUGUUAGACUUGAGAAAAUCUUCUACUCCUUCCAUGGCUGUAAAUCUGCAGCUUAGGGUUCCUGGGAGGAGGGGAGCAGGGAGGGGGGAGGGGAUGCAUAAGGCCAUUACUGUAAAGGAAAGGGUGAAGAUGACAACAUGUAAAUGUUUGUAGCAGAGAUAAAAUGGGGGAGGAGGGGCAGGCUACAGAAGAGAGAAGGAGGAAUGAAGUAUGACAGGAGGAAUAGACAAGUCAUUAGUUGUUAUACUCAGGUUACAUCACUCAUGUCUUCAUCCUGCUUUAAACAUGUGUUACUUAGAUUGUAAUAGCAAACAUGAUUGUAUUUAUUAUUUUGUUUCAUAGUUUGAGAGGUCCUAUCCUGAUAUUUACCAAGCAAAAUUUCCAGGUGACAAUUUGUCAACUUAUUCACAAAGAUCAGAGAAGCUGAGACAAGUUAUGAAACCCCUCACCAUACUAAAGAACUUGCGAUAACAGCUUAAGGUUGAAGUGUGCAGAAUGGUCCAUAUUAAACUGUUACUUGCAGCUUGAACAUUUUAUUUAACUUUAGAUUUUCAUAGAUUUGGGUGUUUUUAUUUCAAGGUUUUUUCCAUUGUAUUUUUAUCAUUUUGGGCCAUAAUUAAGUCAAUUUUUUAAAAUCAAAUAUGAUAUAUAGCUAAUUUUAAGACUCUCAUUAUAUGAUUGCCAGUAACCUUCAAAUAACUAAAGUGUAGAGCCUUGUUAUCUGAUUCUCUUCCUUUACAAGAGUAGAUCCAUCUACCUAAACUUUUAAAUUUGUUGAACAUUGGAUCACAAACAUGAAUCUGUGAAAUACAAUAAUAUUUUUGGUUUUUCAAGGAAAAUAUUGAAUAUUUGAACUACAAAAUAUGAAAUGCUUAUCAUGUGUAUAAUAUUCUGAUGUACAAUAAGGUGAAAGAAUAAUUCAAGAAGUGAUAUAUUUUAUCAAGAGUAUGUGGAUCUGGCAUGUAACAAGGUGAAGGUCAUCUUGAUUCAAUUUGUUUUUGAUUUAAAUUAGUGCUGUCCUCCGGCAUACAUUUUCUAUUUAG